AUGGACCUCAGCUUCCCCGACACCUCUGGCGACGCAGCUUUUGUUCUCCUGCAACAGGCGGAUAAUCCGGAGCACUCGCUUUCGGGGCCUCGCACCUGGGGAGGGGAUUACCGGGGAUUACUGGGGAGGGGAUUUCAAGGUCGAGAAAGCGUUCGCAGUAAAGAGGUCGAGAAAGCAAUUCGCAGUAUAGAGGUCGAGAAAGAAUUCGUCCCAGAGGCCAAGCAGCGAGAGUUCGCAGUAAAAGAGGUCGAGAAAGAUUCGUCCAAGAGGCAAAAGCAGCGAGAGUUCGCAGUAAAGAGGUCGAGAAAGAUUCGUCCCGAGGCAAAGCAGGGAGAGUUCGCAGUAAAAGAGGUCGAGAAAGCGUUCGCAGUAAUAGAGGUCGAGAAAGAUUCGUCCCAGAGGCAAAGCAGCGAGAGUUCCGCAGUAAAGAGGUCGAGAAAGAUUCGUCCCAGAGGCAAAGCAGGGAGAGUUCGCAGUAAAGAGGUCGAGAAAGCGUUCGCAGCAAAGCAGCGAGAGUUUCGCAGUAAAGAGGUCGAGAAAGAUUCGUCCGCAGAGGCCAAGCAGCGAGAAGUUCGCAGUAAAGAGGUCGAGAAAGCGUUCAGCAGUAUAGAGGUCGAAAAAGAUUCGUCCCAGAAGGCAAAGCAGCGAGAGUUCCGCAGUAAAGAGGUCGAGAAAGAUCGUCCCAGAGGCCAAAGGGAGAGUUCGCAAGGCGAGAAAGAUUCGUCCCAGAGGCACAGGGAGAGUUCGCAGUAUAGAGGUCGAGAAAGAUUCGUCCCAGAGGCAAAGCAGGGAGAGUUCGCAGUAAAGAGGUCGAGAAAGAUUCGUCCCAGAGGCAAAGCAGGGAGAGUUCGCAGUAAAGAGGUCGAGAAAGCGUUCGCAGCAAAGCAGCGAGAGUUCGCAGUAAAGAGGUCGAGAAAGAUUCGUCCCAGAGGCCAAGCAGGAGAGUUAAAGAGGUCGAAAAGCGUUCGCAGUAAGAGGUCGAGAAAAGAAAGCAGUUCGCAGUCGAGACGUCCCAGAGGCAAAGCAGCGAGAGUUCGCAGUAAAGAGGUCGAGAAGAUAUCGUUCGUCAGAGGCAAAGCAGGGAGAGUUCGCAGUAAAGAGGUCGAGAAAGAUUCGUCCCAGAGGCAAGCAGGAGAGUUCGCAGUAAAGAGGUCGAGAAAGAUUCGUCCCAGAGGCAAGCAGGAGAGUUCGCAUAUAGAGGUCGAGAAAGAUUCGUCCCAGAGCCAAGCAAGACGCAGUAAAGAGGUCGAGAAGAUUCGUCCCAGAGGCAAAGCAGCGAGAGUUCGCAGUAAAGAGGUCGAGAAAGAUUCGUCCCAGAGGCGAGGGAGAGUUCGCAGUAUAGAAAAAAGAAAAAAAAAAGAAAAGAAAAAAAAGAAAAAAGAAAGAAAAAAAAAAAAAAAAAAAAAAGGCUUUGUCCAUGCAGAGCCAUGCUACAAUCCAGUAAAUGAGCCAGGUUUUAUAGAGGAAUUUUGUCAGGUGCGUACAUCGACGAACGUAAUUGCUCGGAAGCCCUCAGUGCAGUCGCCGAAUGAGGCACGUAUCAGGGACAGGGUUGUAGUAUCGUACGGCUACACCUCCUUGCUGGACAGUGUAUCACCAGAUGGUCACCGGUGUCUUGGGGCAUUUCAUGGCAAGCUGGGCAUAUGGGUGACUCUCGAAGUCCCCAACGGUUAA